AUGAACCGGUGCCGGCGUUCGGGUGCAGCUAUGCUUCUCUGGCGCAGAUCGGUCGCCCUCCGCGAACAAAACACCGUUUGCUGGGCUGGCGUAGAGCACCACCUGCCCGCGGCGCCCCUGUCCAUCGCUAUUUCCGCCAUAGCGCACGUCCCCUGCUCCGGCGCUCGUGCCGCGACCGUUACGCACGCGCCCCGGCCCCCGCGGCCGCGCACCUGGUCGACGACGCAGCCGAUAUACACCCCGCCCGCCCUCUACACCCCACGACCUAUGGUGACAUUA